GUGUGUGGAGGAUCAGUGAGAAACAGUCAUGAAGAUCUGUUUAUAUCUUCUCUUUAUGCUUCACAUCACUGCAGGUUGUAUUAAUCAAGGUACAGAUGAGCUCACAGGAUACACUGGUGGUUCAGUGCUGCUGCCUUGUACCUGCACAGACCCACAGUCUACAGUUAAGAAAUUUGCAUGGCGUAAUCAAAAACAGGCGUGGAUCAAUGUAUUACAACAUAAAAACUACAGUGGCAGACUGAACUUGUUUAAUGAAAGUUCAUCUACAAAUCUCUCUCUUCUCAUUUCUGACCUGAGAAAGCAGGAUGAAGGACUCUAUAGGUGUGAGAUUUCUACAGAAUUCAGAGACAUUAGGAUAACAAUAAAAGGUUGUGAUCUGGUUAAUAAUACACAGACAGUUGAAGUGAUGGGACGUCCAGGAAAGUCUGUAGUUCUGCCCUGCUCCUGUAAAGAGCUUCAGGCUAAACCUCAACAACUUACAUGGACUUAUAGUUCAAUAACACAAUCCAAUAAAAAACCUAAAAAAAUUUACUCAAGUGAGCAGAGUCAGAGACACAGAAAUAAAAUCAAACUGUUAAAUGAAAGCAGUCCAGGGGAUCUUUCUCUCCUCUUAUCAAACCUGACCACACAGCAUAAAGGAUAUUAUACAUGUUCUGUAGGGUCUCAACAAUACAUCAACAUCAGACUUAAAGUUGAAGAACAAACAAUUAACUCUCAAACACAUCAAACAACACUUCAAUCCAAACCCACAUCUGAAACUGGAGGCAAUUCAAGAAAUCCAUAUGUCUUUGCUCUAACUUCAGUGUUUUCAUUAUUGCUCCUUACUGUACUAGCAGUAAUGAUCUGGAGAUGCAAAGGAACAAGAGAUGUGAAAAAUGGGACCAGUGAUGGACUAGUGCUAUAUAAUGAUGGGGAGAAGAAGGAUGUCUUAAAGCCUGAUAGCUCAGCUCAAGACCAACACAUUAACCAAGAUGAAACUGAGGAUGAAGUGACAUAUUCAACUGUUGUCCAUGUUAAAAAUGCAGCAAGACCUGCUCAAAAACAGAUCGUCACAGCAGAAUACUCUGCAUAUGCCUGCUUAAAAUAAAGCUACAACACACACGUUUGUAAAAACUAUAUAAGCAACAAAGCAGCUGGACCCUAGUGGUCAUUUUCCUUUAACUUAACUUUCAGCUAUUGUAUUGUUCUAUUUUAAUUUACAGUAUACUAUCUGCUUUAGUAAUGUACAGUUAAGGUCAAUUAACUAUUCGCAAAAAUUGAAAACAGUAGGGGAGAGCGGGGCACAGCGCCACGAGGGGGCAAAAGGGGGCAUUUCCCCCUCAGAUCUGAUUUGUGCCCCCUCUGUUUCAUUUUUGUAAUUAUGGUUACAAAUAAAAUGUUCAACCUUGUGAGUUAAUAAUUUAACCUUAUCCCCAUUUAAAAUGUUCAGUGAUGUGACUUUACUGCCAAAUUAAAACGUCUUUCGCCUUAGUUGGCGCUGAGCCAGACGGACGAGCUCAGCGCUGUCAUAUAUCAACACAUGCAGUGUUUUCAACCUCAAAAUUUUUAUUUUAGAUUUCAGACAUUUAAAUACACAUAAGCACUGGUAAAACAAUAGCCUACUUUUAGUUUGUAAAAU